AUGGGUGGCUCCCAAUCCACAGCGAGUACUCGAGCUGCAAAGUUCUCCGGAGGAAACCGUCGAAGUGUUCGUGCUGUAAAAAGUGCUCCAGCCACUGAGCUCAAUUCGAGACGUGCCACGUCAUGCCGGAACACCAAUCGAAAUGUUAAGGAAUUCUCGAAAUUCUGGAGUGAUGCCGGCUCUGUAAACCGCUCUAAAUCGUCGAAUCGAACAUCAACCAAACAGAACAGAAAUGGGGUGUCAAAUGGAAAUGGAAGUAUUCGAAGGAACAGAACACAGUCCGUCGACAUGCGUCGCACCAGUAACUGUUUACCCGUUCCCGGAAGAGCUGUAACGCCUUCUGCAUCUCCAAAAAUCAAAAAUGAACGAAGAGCGACAAGUUUCAGAAGUAACGCUGGAAGUGCCACGUCAUCAACGUUGACAGUGAACGGAGAAGGACGGAAGUCGAGAAAGGGGUCAACGACGGAUCUGUUGACACCGAAUUCCGCAAGAUCCGAGGUCUAUUCGGUGGAGUUCAACCAAGCAGCGAUCGCCGCCGCUCGCCUGAAGCGUCUCUCCUUGACGCCGUGCCCAGAAUCCAAUUUGUCACGUCAUCAGCAUCGUUCAAAUUCUCAGAAAAAGAAUUCUGGAGCCGUCACGUCAUCUAAGAACUUAACACCAAGCCAUGCGAACCGCCACUCCCAACAUCGCCACUCGUAUCAGAACUCUCCGGAAACUGCGAUUUAUUGA